UCCAACUACAAUAUCGCCAAGUACAGACGCUGGAAACUGGUGGAUGGACCCCAGAAUUCGGCAGCUCUACAAGAGAUUGAUCUUUCUCGGCCGCGACUAUCCGCGGGGGCUCACAGACGCCCGCAACAAGCUCCAAAGCGCGUUCAAGCGCCCUCUGGCUGAGAACACUUCGCUGGAACAGGCCCUGGGCAGAGGGGAGUACGUGGCGCGCGAGCUUGAGGCCCUGGUCUUUCUCGCCAAGUACCGCGCGCUGUUCAAGCGCUACGGCGAGGGCGACGCAAGGACGCCGCUCACGGUUGAUUCAGGGGGGGCUGCAGCGCAUCAGGGGGCUCGGGGGUUCACUGGUCCAUCAGCGCGCAGCAGCGGCGCGCCAGCCAGCUCUGGGCCACGCAGCGGCAAGCCACAGCCUUCGUCUGGCUGAUAGCCAUUCCACGUGCGUGCCGACACACAUUAAGUAAACACACCAUCAUGCAGGCCACAGCCACAACAAUGACAGGUCCAGGGCUUUCCAGCACUUCACUGCGGGCGCACGCAGCAGUUGUCGGCGGGGCACGCCAGCUGAGCACUGCCUGCCACCGGCUGCACGUGGCCCGCCUGCCGCCGCCGCUAUUCCGCCGCCGCGGCGAGGCGGUGGCAACAGUGCAGGCACUGCCGCCGAACCCCUUCCUAGGAGCCGCUGCCGCCACGACCAUUGUCUCACAGGCGGUGUCGGCGCCGUCCCUGACGGAGCCGGCUCCGCCUGUGCCUCCGCCUGCAUCAGGCGAGGGCGGCAACUUCGCUCUGGCGCAGCGGCUCCGGCAGCUGCAGGAGCAGCAGCAGCAGCAACAGACACAGACAUCGGGACAGCAGCAGACACGGCUCUCGGACACGGCGGCUGUGAUGACGUCAGCCCAGGAGCCGGGAUCUGGCUUGCAAAGUGCUGCCGCUGCGGCGGACGCCGAGGCCGACGGCGGCAGUAGCAGUGGCAGUGGCAGCGCAGCCGGUGCCGCGGACAGCGCAGCCACGCCGUCAUUCUGUGAGCCGGAGACCCUGACCGGCCUGAUGCGGCAGUUUGUGGAGCGGCAGGAGGGCUUCGACUCGGGAGUGCAGAUGGACGGCCUGCUGGCCUACUACCGGCGGCUGGGCUGCAGCCCGCAGCAGAUACAGGCGGCGGUGGUGGAGGUGGCGCCGGCUGGGGCCGGGGCGGGCGCGAGCCUAAGCGCCGAGGUGCUCACGCAGCAGCUGCAGCUGGCGGCAUGGGAGCUCGUGGCUGCGGCGGUGGCUGCGGCGGCCCUGGCGGCGUAUCAGUCGCGGCCGCGGGGCUGGUCGCGCAAGGACCUGCUGGAGGUGCGCGCCAGUGCCAUCGCGGGCAAGGGCCUGUUUGCCACUGCGUCCAUUCCCUCGGGCACUGUGCUGGGCGCCUACCCGGGCCGCCUGCGCAGCGGCGCCGAGAUGCUGGCCAAGUGCGAGUACGCGCCCAUGGCCUCGUCCUACGCUUUUCGCACAGGCGACGGCUCGUUCUUGGACCCCACCGACACCACCGGCCAGCCCAGCCCCUACCCGACGCCGGGUUUGUUCUGGCCGCUGCCCUCGGACGUGUCGCUGUGCUUCGCCAAUGAGCCGCCCAAGGGAUCCCUCGGCACCAAUGCGUCGGUGGAGGACGGGUCAGCGGCGGGGGACCUGCAUUUCGUGGCCUGCCGCGACAUUCCUGCCGGCGCCGAAAUUCUCAUCGAUUACGGGAUCAGCUAUGAUAGGUCGAACUACGGCAAGUAGUGCAGGCUGCAGGCGGCAGUGGCAGGGAAGGUGCAUGUGCAGCAUUUCACCAGUGGACCGGGGCGUGAGCUGCUGGGAUCCAGCGUGCGCCGUGGUGGUUGCGACGGAGAGGCCAUGCACACCGUACCGUAAUUGCUUAGUGCCUUGUUGGUGCCUGGGCGGAUUGUGGUGUGAGGGAGCGUGCGGGUGGGCCUCGUGUUGCAGGCUAAGGCCGCCCGGCUGGUGUGCGCAGCUCGCGGGCGUGGCAGUGCGCCAGGGUGAAGGCCAGAGGGGCCGCUGUGGGGGCUGAGCCCCGGUGCGAGCUCCAAGGCGAUGGUGGAGUGGCGUCAGUAAAUAUGAUGCGGUAGUCGCGGAGGUGGGGACGUGGGGUGGCCGCACACGUGCCGGAUGCAAAAUCUCCCUCGCUCCUCAGCGCGACGUUAAUCGGACGUACACGAAAGAUGCUGUUGCAUGUGCAAGGGGGCACGGGCAAGGUUUCCUCUCCAAAAACGGAAGGGGGACACGGCGCAGCGCAGCGUCGGAGUGGCGCACUGUUGCCAGGAACGGGCUGCGGUUGGCGAACCGCCCGGGGAAGCUU